GUAAUUUACUUCAUUAGGCAGCCAAUUUUCGAAUCUAUUUUUUUGUUUUCAAAAUUUUCCGUUUGGUUCAGUUUCGUUGGCAGCGACUUUAAUUAAAAAUGUCCCCUUCUGUGCUGCACUUGUUUGGUGUUCUAUCGCUUUCUUUGCUUGUUUUCAGCAACUCCACUGAUGUGACGGGCUUGGAAAAGUGUUUAGAACUGCUUAAUACCCAAAAGUUGGUCUACUGUUGUGGAAAGUCCUUUCUCGACAAGUUCCUUUUUGUUGGCAGCAAUUGUACACCCUUCUGGGAUGACUAUGGUCCUUGCCGCUAUGAGUGUCUUUAUAAGCACUGGGACCUGCUCGAUCGGGAUAACAAGAUCAAGAAACCGGAGCUUUACUUGAUGAUAACCAGCUUGUAUAGUCCUCUGAAUGGCUACCAUAACUAUGGCACCGCUCUGAAGGCAGCCCAUGAGACCUGCGAGGCCCUGGGCUCCAGACACGCCGACUUUCUGUUGCUCUACUCCAAUCGCGUGGAGAAUCGACAGGGUAUGGCAUCAUCCUCCUGUCUGCCCCACGCCAUGCUCCAUGCCCAGUGUACCAUGGUGUAUGUGACUGCCAAUUGUCCUCCCGAAAACUGGGUGCAGGAUUCGGUGUGCAAAAGUCUACCGAAACUCUUGUCCAGUUGCACAAAAAAAUUGGACGAAAAGAAAACCAUUGUGGCUGACGAUAAAGAGGAGACUCUGGAGAACGGCUGUGAACAGAAUAGUUUAGAGGGAACCCAAAGGAUCUUAACCAGCUUUCUAAUCCUCAUUAUCUCUAAGAUGUUGUCUGAAUAUUAAAAUGUCCUUAAGAUAUAAAUAUGAUAAUAAUAUAGCUAUUACUCAUCCUAACCACCAGA